UCACCGCUGGCAGGAUUAAACAACCUGACACUUCUAAGCCUUGACUACAACCCCAUAUCCGACAUCUCGGCGUUGUCGGGGUUAAUCAACCUGAUAUGGCUGAGCCUUCUAGGCAACUCCAUCUCGGACCUCUCACCUCUAGUUGCAAAUACGGGAUUGGGACAAGGAGACGCGAUUAUUGUAAAUGGAAAUCCCCUCAACAACGCCUCCAUCAACACCCACAUUCCCGCACUCCAACGCAGAGGGGUGAGGGUAGACUUUGACGACCCCUUUGACAAACCGGUGGAUAUCCCCGACUCCAACCUCCGCACUGCGAUUGAGAAGGCUCUCCGCAAGGCGUCAGGUGUCACCAUCACCACGGAGGAUAUGAAGCAUUUGCCCCAACUUAUCGCCCCUAACGCCAGCAUCACCGAUUUGACCGGGCUUGAAGGCGCAACCAACCUGACACUACUGGAACUUGGGAACAACUUCAUAUCCGACCUCUCACCUCUG